AUGGAGGCCGAAGAUCCCCACCAAUGCAGCGAUACUGGGAACUACACCAGUAACAGUACGUACAGGAGAAACCUCAACUACCUCCUGGCGUCCAUGUCUUCAGAUACCAAAAUCGAUUAUGGCUUUUACAAUUUCUCCACUGGAAAGAAUCCUGACAAAGUAAACGCAAUUGCACUUUGUAGAGGAGACAUUACACCGGAAAAAUGCCGUAGUUGUGUAAAUGCGUCAAGUCAUGAUCUACUGCAAUAUUGUCCAAUCCAGAAGGGGGCAGUCAUAUGGUACGAGAACUGCACGGUGCGAUACUCAGACAAGGAUAUAUUUGGUGUCAUGUCAUCAAGCCCUCUCAAUAUACUCGUUGGGGAAAACGUCUCCGACGUCGAUGGAUUCACCGAGGUUCUAAGACCCUUGUUAAAGAAACUAAUAAACCAAGCCGCAUCUGGAAACUCUACUCGAAAAUUUGCUGUGGGAAAAGAGGACGCCCCAGACUUCCAAACAUUACAUGCACUUCUUAUGUGCACUCCUGAUUUGGACGAAUUGGAAUGCAAGCGUUGCCUGGAGACAUCUGCGGCAAAGGUUUUCUCUGCAUGCUGUUAUGAAAAGAAGGGAGGUAGAUAUACGUCACCCAGCUGUGAAUUAAGGUAUGAGCUGUAUACCUUCUAUGAGCCCACGGCUGAGGCACCGCCAACGUCACCGCCAGUUGAUGUACCACAGCUUUCGCCUACAACAGGAAAGGAAAGUAAACCAUCUCGAACUACGAUAGUCAUAGUUGUAUCGACUAUUGGUUUUGAUUUGCUAAUCGUUUGCAUCUUCGUUUUCUAUUUACGAGUAAGGAAGUCAGGGCAGAAAGUCAUGAAAAGUGAAGCCAAGCAUGAAAUUAGUAGUGUUCAUGAAUCAUUUAUUAGAUAUGACUUUGGCACAAUCAGAGUUGCUACAGAGAACUUUUCCGAGGUAAAUAAGCUUGGAGAAGGUGGAUUCGGUGCUGUUUACAAGGGUAAGCUUCAAAAUGGACUAGAAAUAGCUGUGAAAAGGCUAUCUAUGGGUUCUAGACAAGGAAAUAUAGAGUUUGAGAAUGAGGUUGAUCUAUUGCUAGCAAGGCUUCAACAUCGAAAUCUGUUGAGCAUCAUAGGAUUUUGUUUGGAAGGAAAUGAAAGGCUUCUUAUCUAUGAGUUUGUGCCUAAUGCAAGCCUCGAUCACUUCUUAUUUGACCCAAUCAAACAAGUCCAACUGAAUUGGGAAAAACGGCACAAAAUUAUAGAGGGUAUUGCUCGAGGGCUUCUUUAUCUUCAUGAAGGUUCCCGACUCCAUAUUAUUCAUCGCGAUCUCAAAGCUGGCAACAUCUUGUUAGAUGCAUAUAUGAAUCCUAAAAUUUCAGAUUUUGGCACUGCAAAGUUGUUAGAUCGAACUCAUGAAGGCAAUACAAAAAGAAUUAUUGGGACUUAUGGGUAUAUGCCUCCAGAGUAUGCUCAAUGCGGAACCUUUUCAACAAAGUCCGAUGUCUUUAGCUUUGGUGUGCUAAUUUUGGAGAUAGUGAGUGGGCAUAAAAACAGUUCUUUUCCUGAAGGCCUUGUAAGCUAUGCUUGGGAAAACUGGAGGCAGGGAACACCUUUAAAUCUUGUAGAUCCCACAUUGAUGGUAAAUUCAACAAUUCAAAUACUGAGAUGCAUCCACAUUGGACUAUUAUGUGUUCAGGAAAAUGUAAAUGAUAGACCGACAACUGCUUCGGUUGUUCUCAUGCUUAGUAGUGAAUCCAUUACUCUAGCAGUACCCAAGAGACCUCCAUUUCUUAUGUACACGAGUAGCACUGGACCCGACAUGUUGUCCCGGUCGUCAUAUCAAUCUAGUAACAACAAUGUCCAAGCCUCAGCAAAUGAUGCUUCAAUUACUGAGCUAUAUCCUCGCUAG